AUGAAAAUUGAAAAAUCUGUGCCAUGUGAAAAUAAGAAAUAUACUGCUGAGAGUUUGAAAGAUCUAAUAUCAGGUAAUAAAAAUAAUUUAAUUCAGUCUCAGCUGAUUAUAAGAACACCACCUUUUCCAUUUGUUCACAUUCCAUUGCUUCCUGAUGUAGCUGAAAUAAAGGAGAUUAGUAUGUUAGAUGACUUUUAUGCUGAGAGUUUGGAUCAGUUGUCGAGUGAACAUAUAGGAUGCUAUUGUGAUGUUGAUGAAAGUGAAUUGGCUUCUGACGAUGCAAUAAUAGAAGAUUUGCUGGAUUAUGAUGAUAAAUUUACAAACCUGUUAAACAAAAAUGAUGAUGUUACAGGUUCAGUACUGGAGUGUGUUGAGAAUAUUGUGACUACUAAACAGUCUAGCAUGUACUCAUCCAAAAGUACAUUUUCAUCUACUGAUAAUAAUGUUGAAGAUUUAGAAAACAUGCAAAAGUUUGAAAAAGAAUUGGCACUGAAGUUUAUUGCAAAAUUACAUUCGAAGAAAAAGAAACAAAUCCACGAUUCUCUUAUAUGUCAGAUAUGCAAAGAUAAACAUUUCACUGCUCAAGCAACACUGAUCCAUCACUACCGUAGCCAUGCUGGAAUUAAGCCGUAUGUUUGUAAAAUAUGUGAAUCAACUUUUACUCGCCAGCACAGUUUAAACUACCAUAUGCUUAUUCAUCAAAAUUUGAGUCGAUUUACUUGUGAAUUUUGCGAGCGUACAUUCAGACAUCCUAGUCACUACAAAGAACACCUGAGGCGCCACACUGGAGAAACACCAUACCAUUGCACAGAUUGCAAUUUACAUUUUAAAACUAGGAAUACAUUUAAAAGGCAUCUUAAAACUCGGCAUGGUAAACUCCUGACUGCUCAUGGUGUCGAAGAUCUGACAGCUGAAGAAUUUUCAAAAUUCCGUACUAAUCCCAGGAAUAAGAAGCAUUAA